AUGAGUGGUUUGCAAUUCCAAGAUUUCAAUAUCGGUGGUCCUCAAGAAAGUGUCAAUUCAACGAACAGCGAUUAUCGAGCAUCUGGUCGAAUUGGCGAUCGUAAUCAGCUGUAUAAUUCUGAGCCAGAAACCGAUGGCGAAAAACCGCGAAAGUCGAAUUUCUUUUCAUUUCAGUUUUAUCAGCAGUACUUCGAUGUAGACACAGAUCAGGUCAUGUCAAGAAUUUUGAAUAGUAUGGUGCCGCGAUUCAAUAAGAAUUUUAUCACCGAUUACAUUCAGCCCACUCCAGAUUUGUAUGGUCCAUUUUGGGUGUGUGUAACGCUAGUGUUCACGACGGCGAUCUGUGGCAACGUGGCAAAGUAUGUGCAAACAAAUGGUGAUGUUAAGAAUUACGAGUAUGGAAGUGAUUUUAGAUUGGUGACUGGUGCGUCGACUAUGAUCGCUUCCUACGUAAUCUUGAUUCCGUUCGGCUUGUAUUCUCUUUUUUGGUAUCGACGAUCGGAAUUACAGUAUUCAUAUCUGGAAAUCUUAUGCGCAUAUGGCUACAGUUUGUCAAUAUUCAUACCUGUUUCAAUACUUUGGGUUAUCGACGUACAGUGGUUCAGAUGGCUUUUGAUAGUGGUUUCAGUGAUAUCAAGUGGUAGUGUUCUUAUGGGGAGUAUUUGGCCAGCAAUUAGAAAUGAUCACAAUAGAGCGAUAGCGAUUGGUUGCGGAGGUAUGGUUCUGUUAUUGCUGUCUUUGUUGGCAAUUGGUUUCAAAGAAUUCUAUUUCGAUGCGUCUCAACCGAAUCAGUCUGUUCAGCAUUCCAACAUCGUGCCUUCACUACAGCAGCAACAAUCUGUUGCAAAGAUUGUUGACAGUGCAGCCAAAAAUCUUCAAUCAAUUUCCAAUCAAUCGUCGAACAUUGAUCCACCUCCACAAAACAAGAACAGUUCUUUAAAAAGGGCUGUAUCCUAUCUUGAUGAAUCGUUCCCUAAUCAUCAGUAUGCAUUUGGUCACAACAACAAUUCAAUGAGCAAUAAAAAUGCAAACGAACUAAAAGGUCGAAGCUACGAAUUCAAUCGCACUGAAUCAGUCACCAACUGA